GAACCCGCGCGUAUUUCCCUGCUCUUUAUCCUUAGCCACAUCCUCCCCUGCAUCCCUCCCCCUUCUACGCGUCGUUUAUAAUGCCUCGCAAAGCCGCUGCUCCUGCCGAGCCCGCCGGUCCUCCUCGUCGCUCCAGCCGUAUCAAGGAGCAGCCGAAGGCGGAUCCCCCGCCGAAGAAAGCUCCCGCAAAGCCUAGGGCCAAGAAGGCCGACAAGGCCAAAGCUGCCAACGGUGAAGAAAAGAAGGACGAUAAAGAGGAGGAAAAGGAAGAGCAGAAAGAGGCUGCCCCGAAGUCUCGGGGCAAGAAGCGCACCGCGUCGGAGAAGGACGAGGAGGAUGCUGCCGCCGCCGCCGAGGCUAAUGGCGAGGCCGACGACGACGCCGAAGCCAAGCCUCCUCCCGCAAAGAAGGCCAAGCCUGCUUCCAAGGCGGGAUCCAAGCCUGCCUCUAAGGUGUCAGCGAAACCAGCUUCGAAGGCGGCGGGAACUGCUUCCAAGCCGGCAUCGAAGGCGUCCAAGCCGCCCUCGCGAGCUGGCUCCGCGAAGCCUGCCUCGCGGGCAGCUUCCGCGAAACCCGCCUCCCGUGCUGGUUCGACGAAGCCGCCUUCUGGCGCGAAGAAGCCAGCUUCACGAGCUGGAUCCAAGAAGCCCGCCUCGAAGGCCAAGGCCGAUGAUAAAGAUAAGGCGAACGAGAGCGUCGUUGAAGAGACGAUCGCUGAAGACGCCGAAGGCGAGGCCAAGGCUGAGGCUGAGGCUGAAGCCAACAGCAACGAAGAGGAGGCCGCUGCUGAAGAGGCAUGAAACCCUUAACCCUACAUACUGCGAUACCUGGUCAUCUACAUCCGUCCCAUCUGCAUCCCCGGAAGAGCUCCACUUUCAUCUGCCACUCGCCGCCACUCGGCGUACGAUGUUACGACGGACUCCCUGUAUCCGGAUUGACUGUCUGUAUCGCUUGGUUUCCGGUCUGCAUGUAGCCUAAGGUCUUCAUUCCGUGUUGUUGAUUAGUCUGGGUGUUUGCGGAGAACUUAUAACUUUUCUUCUUCUUUUCAUUAUUCCCGCCCAAUUCUUGCUUCCUUCCCUUCUUGCCCGUCUACCUUAACUCCAGAUUAUAUCUUAUGUCCCCCUGUGACCCGGCCGCGAGGUACUGUUCCUGUACAUACGAUGUUGUACCCUUGGUUAUCUAUGCAUCUGCGUAUCGCGGCAAGGGUGGUUGUUGGGGUGAUCUAGGUAUCGAUGUUGUCAAUAGAAUAUUGUCAAUUGGGCUUGAUGCUGUGA